UUUCUCUGGAAAGAAUUAUUCGUAAGAAUGCCUAGACGAAGUCACCAGCCCCACAGGAGGCCAAUGCCCCAUCAUGCGGUAGGACAACAAAUGGCGCAACCACAAGUGGCUAAUCGUCGUUCAUCGAUGAAAGAAGAUGCAUCAGUUCAGCUACACGAUGAAGCAGAUUUAAUAAGUUUUAGAUCGGAUGCAUUGAAUAGAUUUAUAAACAAUCACGAGUACCUUGAGAAUGUUGCUUCCAAGCCAAUUCAUAUUCUGAAAAUCAUACCACCGGCUUCAUUUCCAUUGGAAGCGCCACUAAGCUCCAAAAAAAAUCGUAUAAGUAAACCAACCAAAGAACAAUUGUCAUCACUUUUAAAGAACAUUAAACCUGAUGAAUUGUAUUUUGGUGACGUGGAUUUGAUGAAAGCCAAAAAUGAAUCAUUAUUGGAGGAAAUUGAAGAACUUAAACAAGAAAAGAGUCAAGUAUUUGAUAAUGAUGGUGAAUACGUUUAUAGAAAGGAAAAAAUUGAUAAAUUAGCCGGGUUACAUUCUAAAUUAUACAGUUCUGAAUCAAUCGAUGACAUCGAAAAAGAAUUGCAGCAAUCCAUCGAAGGUUAUCAAAAGAAAUUUGGCAAACAAUAUAAAUCUAUAUUAGAUACCAAGCGUUAUUCAAUACCAAUUACAGAAAUAUCCUCAAAUUAUGAAAUCACCAAGGCCCCUGCCAAUUACAAUCCAAGAUCAAUUAACUCAUUGAUAAAUAUCGGAGGAAAUAAUGGUGGUCCUGUCAAUUUAAAUAAUCAUGAUCCAAACGUUGAUAUGUCCCAUUUCACUGGCGGGAUGUCGUUCAUGAAUCUGAUGAACAAUGUUGGCGAUCACCAUGACCCUAACAAUCCUAAUAACAAUCAAGAUUUCCAAACUUCUACCAAUAACAACAAUGUAACCCCAAGAAAUAAUGAUAUUCAUAAAAAUUCACCAGGAUUGACCUCCUCAAAUAUUCAAGCUUCUCAAACCUCACCAGACAAGGACAAUUUACCAUCGGAUCAGCAAACCAAAAUCGAACUGUCAAACUCUACUAACAAUUUCCAUCCAAAUGAUAUUCAUAUUUCAAAUGACGAUCUAGGCCUUUCAGUCACAGAUAAUGACAAAGCCAACGAGAAACACGACGGCAGUCUUGCCCUCAACCAAGAUUCACAUCAUCAAGAUCAUGCUGGUAUGGUAGAUGAUGAUAUCAAUCAUUUGUUAAGUAAUGGUAACGAUGUAAUAGAUUCAAACCAUCUGGGUAUAGUGAAUGAUGACAUGGGAGAUCUAAUAAACUUCCAGGAUGAAGAUGAAGAUGGCAUGAUGUCCAGCCAUGCUUUUGACAAUGACUUCUUGAGUCAAAUCGAUCAUUCAAUGGAAUAAUUUGUAUAUUAGUAAAUACUUCUUCCACUGUAUAAUUAAUGAAUGACUGACUUCCGUA